CAUCUCCUCACUCUCCCUGACCAGACGAAGGUCAUCGAGCUGCAGCUCCAGUUCCCUAACGCAGUCUCUUAGGAGCUGCAUCUCAGCACACCUGGCGCAGACGUGGAUGUCCGGGAGGCCUGGAGACUCCAGGACCUCCCACAUCUGGCACCGAGAACAACAAGCUGCCCUCAAACUCAUACUUCCCCUCUCCUCAAAUAACAACAAAAAAUUAAUACCAAACCCUCUUCACCUCGCUCGUUGAGCCGAAGCCCUUAAGCCUUCACUCUGCUCCUGGCUCACUCCGCAGCCUGCAAACUACGCUGCCCACUGUAUGAGGCUCUGUUCCUUUUAAAUCUUCCGCGCUUCACUGCCCGACAUCACACGCCCGCGCUGUCCCGCCUCUCUGAACGCCGAUGGAAAAAAACUGAAAAAUUCAAAAAUGGCUUCCUCCUCACUCCUGCUCCAAUUCUCAGACUUCCUUCUACGAAUUACACCCGAAUCAGGAUUUCUGUCCUUUUAAAUCUUCUGCGCUUCACUGCCCGACAUCACACGCCUGCGCAGUCCCGCCUCUCUGAACGCCGAUGGGGAAAAAAAACGAAAAAUUCAGAAGUGGCUUCCUCCACACUCCCGAUUCUCAGACCUCCUUCUCCGAAUACACAUAAUAUGUAUAAUGUAGUCUUUCCAGGCCUUUGUAUCUAUUCGGAUCUAAUUUGGAUCUGUGAUAUUCCCAGAUAGUGAAAUUCCAAUUUUCUUACUGCCCUCUAUCCACUUCUUCAGAAAAUAAUGGGUUAAUUGAAUGGUAAAACUUUCUCUCUCUACUCUGUCUUCUAUAGUCAGUGAAACUGAAUGGGAAAGGAAGCUGAAUUUUCAAAGAGAAAAGCAUGGCUCCAUCUUUACAGCUUGAAGUAAUUGGCUGCCUCACACAUCCAGACUUUUGCCAAGUAAAGUGUACAGCAGAGGUGCUGAGGCUGACAUUUCCUUUACGGUUGGCUGAGCCAGUGAUACGGCCACUUUUAGAAUUUGCAUGGGAUACCUACCUGGCUGAGAUGAAGAAGCAGAGAGGAAGUGAUAUCUGGGGCUUCAGUUCUUGCGUCAUGUGCUUUCUCAAUGGUCAGCUCCUUGGUGAUGAGAAAGAUUUCCUGGAGUGGGCAUCUGCUGAGUUCAGCUACAUAGAUUACAGACCUAAACCGUUGUAUGAAGCAAUAGCCAGUGAUUUUUAUUCAAAAUACUUGAAGGACACCAAGCACACAUUUGUUUACAUGGAGAUUUCUAUUGAACAGCAACCUGUAGGGCGAUUACUCUUUGAGCUUUUUACAGAUAUUUGUCCGAAGACGUGCAAAAACUUUGCGGCAUUGUGCACAGCAGAGGCAAGCUCUUCACCUGUGGACACACAACCUUGUUAUAAAGGAACAAUAUUUCACAGACUAGUGAAGAAUGGUUGGAUUCAAGGGGGAGAUGUUCUAUCAAAUAGAGGAGACGGUGGAGUGUCUACUUAUGGAGAAACGUUUAACGAUGAGAAUUUUGCUAUCUCACACUGCAAAAGAGGAAUCCUAGGAAUGGCUAACAAGGGGCCACAUACUAAUGGAAGUCAGUUCUACAUCACACUUCAACCAACGCUUUGGAUGAAUACCAGAUUUGUAUCUUUUGGACACCUGAUAGCAGGUACGGAAGUUCUUAAUAAACUGGAAGUGGUUCCCACAUAUAAUGAGAGACCAACCAUGGAAUGUAAAAUUACAGAUUGUGGUUACUAUUCUCCAUAAGUAUUAUUGCUCUUUUAUUUUCCCUAAAGUUACUAUCCAUUCAAGUUUUCUUCAGGCUUCCUCACAAUAAAAUAUUUCUUGCACCAUACAAACAAUUCAAAUGUAAUUAUUUUGUUGUAAUAUUAAGAAAUGAUGCUAU